GAAUUUGCCUUCGUCCACAUGUAUGCAAAGUCUACCCCUUUUUUCGCUGUAAUCUGAUUCUCUCACAGCUUCUCUCUGCCAAUACCUCCCAUUCCACUCCCAAAGCUUCAGAAGAAAACUGAUUCUGGGUCGGUAAGAAUGGCGGUGACCAUGAGGCAGAUGUCUCUUAUUGUGUCCUUCUUCGGCGUUCUCUCCUUCAUCUUUGGAGUAAUUGCCGAAAACAAGAAGCCUUCUUCUGGGACUGCAAUCCAGGGUAAAGGUGUGGUUAUUUGCAAGUAUCCUGCUGAUCCCACUGUAGUUCUGGGAUAUCUCUCCGUUGCAUCCCUGGUUGUUGCCACAGUGGUCGGCUAUUUCUCUCUGUUUUACCCUUACCAAGGGAAAUCUGUGCCGCAAUCUGUUCUCUUCCGGAGCAUUAGUUUUGCUGUCUUCUUCAACAUUGCCUUGUUUUCUGCUGGUUUGGCUUUAACUCUAAUUUUGUGGCCAACAAUCACGGAGCAGCUUCACUUGUCACGUAAUGUUCAUCAUAACCUGCAAACAGAUUGCCCUACUGCUAAGACUGGUCUCCUUGGUGGUGGUGCCUUUAUAUCCCUUGAUUCAGCCCUCUUCUGGUUAGUUGCACUUAUGUUGGCUGACAACGCCCGGGAAGAUCACUUUGAUGAAGUGGAGGGUAAAGACCUAAAGACUGGUGCCUAAGGUUAAGUUGUUUGAUCAUCUAGCUAUCUACUGGAAAUAGCUGUCUCUCCAUGUUUAAGACUUCUCUUUCACAAUAAUAAGUAUCUACUAGCAUUAUCAAGCAAUUGGAAUGGAAAAUAUUUGGUUGUAAAUACUUGUUGAUUGUGUUAGUUCGUUCGUCCAACUGAAAAUUAAACAUUACGAAUAUCUGUUGAAAAACUAGUGGCUUGUAUGGGAGAUGGCAAUUGCAGUUACGUUUUGCAUGAAAUUUAUUGACUAUGGCAGGGUUAUAAACUUAUAAUGAGUAU